GAGGAGGGGAGGGCAGGACUGGCAGGGUGCGGUCUGAAGUGGCAACAGAUCACUGUGGAUCACCCAAUUCCCUUCAAUUCAACUGGAAAGCUGCAGCUUGUCGCAUAUGGAGAAGUCCAGAGCAGGGCAUCGAGCAAAAAGAGCGCAUAAGGGGCUGAUGUUCUUCCAGAUACCCUGGUGCACAAGAAAGAGGAGGGCAGAGAAACCACAACACUGCAACUUGGAUGUCAGCAGCCGCACUCUCUCUCUUUAACUCUCACACCCACCAAAUCGACUUUGAACCUGUUUGUUUAAAUACACGGACUUCACAGCCUGCACACUUACUGCUGAUUCCGUCAGGCGAUUCAGAGCGGAGUUCCUCUAGUCUGUAGACGUGCAAAAAACUUUUUGGUAUUCCAAUGGUGCCUCAUGGAGACCAGGGGAUGACCUUAUUUCAUCCAAUAUUUUCAGACGCUGUGCUUUAUUUAUCCCGGAAAAAUGGAAACUAAACCGGAGUGGCACUGAAGACAUCUCUCUCUCUCUCCCCCCGGGAGAGUCCUCCCUCCUUUCCCCGGGGCGAUGCGGAUCUCCUUCCUCCUUCUCGCAGCCUCUCUGUGCGCCUCUGUCCUCCUCCUCGCACCUGCUUCGGAGGGCUGCGGGCCGGGGAGGGGAUACGGCAAGAGGCGGCUCCCCAAGAAGCUCAUCCCGCUCGCCUACAAGCAGUUCAGCCCAAACGUGGCCGAAAAGACCCUGGGAGCGAGCGGGCGACCCGAGGGGAAAAUUACGCGCAACUCCGAGCGCUUCAAGGAGCUCACGCCGAACUAUAAUACAGACAUAAUCUUUAAAGAUGAGGAGGACACGGGCGCAGACAGGCUUAUGACUCAGCGUUGUAAAGACAAGCUGAACUCUUUGGCCAUCUCUGUGAUGAACAUGUGGCCAGGUGUGAAGCUGAGAGUAACAGAGGGCUGGGAUGAGGAUGGUCAUCACUCAAUCGACUCACUGCACUAUGAGGGGCGUGCUGUCGACAUCACCACCUCAGACAAGGACAAAAAUAAGUAUGCCAUGUUGGCCCGCCUGGCAGUAGAGGCUGGAUUUGACUGGGUCUACUAUGAGUCUAAAGCCCACAUUCACUGCAGCGUGAAGUCAGAGCACUCAGUGGCAGCCAAAACCGGAGGAUGUUUUCCUGGCGACGCUCAGGUCACCAUUGAAGGUGGGCGCAUCAAACAAAUGCGUGACCUCCUCCCUGGCGACCGUGUCCUUGCGUCCUCCUCAACAGAUGUCCACGCUCCACUCCUCUACAGCCCCGUUGUGUCUUUUCUGGAUCGCCAGCCCAAUGCCACGAGGACCUCCUAUGUUAUUGGGACGGAUGGGGGACAUAACAUCACCCUCACAGCCGCUCACCUGAUCUUUGUCACAGAAUGUUCCAGCAGACUGACCAGGUCAGGGCAGGAAGAGACAUCUCAGGACACAAAGCUUUUUGGUUCCAUUUGGCAGAGGAGGGGACAUGAACCAGGUAUGAGGACAGUUUUUGCCAGUGAAGUCCAGCCUGGACAGUGUGUCUUUACAUCUUCUGGCAGAUCAAAGUCACAUCCAAGUCUCUCAGUUGUGACGUUUGUUGAGGAGCAGACAAGCACUGGGUUAUAUGCCCCGCUCACCCAGCAUGGGUCUAUAGUGGUGAACAGCGUGUUAGCAUCUUGCUACGCUGCCGUGGACAGUCACUAUUUGUCCCACUGGGUCUUGGCUCCUUUGAGACUUAUUUACAGAAUAACAGGACACUCUCAAGUUCAGAAUGAUGGGCUGCACUGGUACCCGUGGAUUCUGCAAAGGCUGGGGAAAGUGCUGCUGGGCACUGAACACUUCCACCCUUAUGGCUUUGACCAGUGACAUAAACUUAAGGAGGACAAAUAAAUAUCAAACUGAUGGCAUAUCUUACUCACUUGCAUGCAGGGGCACAAUGAGGAAAAGCACAACUGUUUUUAGAAGAAGACUGAUCAAAAGUGUAAAUAUAUUUUGUAUGUACUCCAAGUGCCUGUAUUUGCUGUACUUCAAUAAAUCUCUUAUGUAUGUCCUUGUGUAAGACAUUGAGGAGGGAAUAAUUUCAAUUGCAUUAACAUUAAGACUGACAACUGAAGCUUUUAUUCAGCUAAAACAGGUAUUGCCCUUAAAUUGUUUAAUUCCUUCUGAAAACCCUUUGUUUGUGCUGUCUGAGGUAUAAACAUGAUCCCUACUUUGGGACACUGAAAGGAGAAGGUUGGCGCAAAAACAUUUGAAGAAUAUUAAAGGGGAGAGUGAGAAAAGAGAAAAGUUUAUAAAGCUGUCAAGCUUUUGUAUGUAAAUAAGUAUUUAUACACUUACAACUAUGUAGGAAUAAUGUAAAGGUUUACUUCCAGAAUUGUCUCCUUCAUCACUCUUUUUAAAAUCUAAGCCUUGUUAUUUCAGGAUUUUUUUAAGUCCACUCAGUGUGAUGUAGAGCAGUAAUACACAAAUUGCAAAACAUCUAUAGAAGGCUUAAAUAAAGCCACUAAAUGGCAGGGAAUAAAAGUGUGUAUGAAACCACGACUUUUUCUCUACAGAUAGUUGUAUGGUGAACUAGCUCACCUUCUCAGUUGUUUUCAAGUCUUCCAUCAGUUUUAAAACUACUUGAUCUUUCUCUUAUUCACAUGUUUAUCUACAAUGUUUAUGUUUUUUAUCAGGUGUAUUAUUGAAGAGAUAAUUGUUUGAUCAUUGUCUUAGGGUGUCACUUUUCAGGUCAGUAAUAUGACUCAGGCUUUUUUCAACUACUGUAUUAUCAUCUAUGCAUCUCGUUAAAUAUCAGUAAUUAUCACAAUUAGCACAUAGAAAAGAGUUUCUAAUUUUACAAUGCCAAUAUCAGAUUAUGUUUGUGCUUCAUCUCUUUUGAAACACCCACAUUGGAGCAGUAAAUUUUUAUCAGUGACAAUAUUAAUUUUAUGGAAGGCUGUAUAGAAAUGUAGAAAUAUCUAAUAUAUAUUUCAGAUUGCCUGAACUGUUUCUGGUGUUGACUUUAAAAUGCUUAAUGAAAAGACACAAUUAUCUUGUAACUCCAAGGCAUUUUUCUCAGAAAUAUUGUCAAAUAUGUAUAUUAAAGCUAUUGGAUAAACUAUUUAAAGAUCUAUUUUUAGAAAAAUGUUGUUUGUAUUAUUAUUUUUGGCAACUUUGUUUAUAAAAUUUUGUAUUUGACACAUAAAAGUUUUAAAGAACUAA